AUGAGAAAGAUUGAGAUGCCGUGGAGAUCAUCGUCAAGAUCUCUGGCUCGGGAUGGUCGAUCGGGGAUGACCGAAGAUAUAGUCAUCGCUUUGCGGGAGAGGGUGGGAAUCAGUGACGCGGUCAAGAUUCUCGUUCCCUUACCUGACCAAAGGCCGAUGGACGCUCCACCUGGAUGGUUUUGCCUCUACGAAUGCUUCCUCACGGAGUUUGGAAUACGUUUUCCGGUCCUCCCGUUACUUCUCGAGUAUGCGUAUGAGCGGGGUGUAGCGUUGAGUCAGCUGACCCAUGGUGUAGUGCGGCAUAUGGUCUUCUCGGCCGCUCUGGCGAAGGCAGCCGGGAUGAAGCUAGACAGGGAGCUCUUUGAGCGUAUAACUGAUCUUCGUGCUGGGGUUAAGGAAGGAGGUUUCAAGCGUUUCCACACAUCGAUGAAACAUGACAUCGUUUUUGGUGAUCAUCGAACGAAGAUUCAUCACUGGACGCGCUACUACUUUUUUGUCAAGGUCGACCGUGCUUCGGUCGGGGAUUUCGAUCCUAGUCACGUCUUAACAGAAUGGGUCCAGGAGCCGGGAAGGAUUGUCCCAAGGAAAGUAAAUACUACUCUAAAGGAGAAGUUUAGAACUUUACGCGACUUGAGUAGAGAGACUUGGGCGGAUGCGUUUGCCGAGACCGAAAGGAAGAAGAAGGAAAAGAAAGGAAAGGCUAUUGCUAUAGCGAUUCCUCUCUGGAAGACAGGCUUAAGGAAAAGGGCUCCGGCUUUGGUGGAUGAUGAUAUCCUGAUUUCUGAUCCUUUAUCCAAGCGGAUGAGUGGCGAUUUCUCUUCUCGGACUGUCGUGGCUUCUACUGGUCAGGGCGGGGAUAUGAGUAUCCUGGAGUCUGGAGGUGACGGGGUGACGGUUCCGUCGGGAUAG